ACUAACUGCGGUUCUAUAACAUGACUGGUUUGUCAAAUAUAUUGUUAUCUAUUGAUGGCCGUAGUCGCUUGGCCUCCGUUAUUGCCAAAUACCUGCUGCAAGAUGGUAAAGUAGCUGUUGUGCGUUUUGAAGAGUUGAAUUUCUCCAGGCACUUCUACAAGAACAAAAUCAACUACUUGGCUUACUUGUGUAAACAUAUGGCAACUCUUGACAUGCGUUCAUCAUUUGCCGAGCGUUCAACAUUUUUGGAUCAGUCAACGUUUGGUACGACAACGAGCACGAAGCUAACGCGACGAUUCGGCGACUCAACAUUAAAUCAUAAUUUCAAUUACUUGACUUUCUAAAUUUUUUUUUUAUAUAAAUCAUC